GUUGCCUCGAAAAUGCCGUUGCAGUUUAUCACGAGUCAGAAAGGGUCAAAGUUCCUGUGUGCGAUAGCUACAUAUUCGUGAAGCAUAGUGUUAGCGGCAACAAAGUUAUCUGGAGGUGUUCCAGUUAUCACAGAACGAAGUGCGGUGCCCGAUGUCACAUAAGUAGUGAUAAGAAAAAUGGUGUCAUACUCAAGCGCACUGAUCAUAAUCAUGCUGCCGAUGCGGCUGCAAUUAAUGCCAAAGAAGUCGUGAAUAAAAUUAAAAAAGCUGCUCUUCGAUCUCAUGACAGAUCGAAUAAUGUUGUCGCUAGGGGUACUUUGUCAGUGCCAGCAAUUGUUGCAGCAGAACUCCCGUCAAUGAAAUCGCUUUGUCGAGUAGUGCAGCGAGUGAGAGUAGUGGCCGCGGCACCACCGCCAAUUCCUCGUACCGUUGCCGAUCUUGUACUUAGCGAGGAAUGUACACAGACGAUCCGGGGUAAAAUGUUCCUGCAGUACGAUAGCAACGAUGAUCAGCGUUUUUCGAUUUUUUCAACAAAGCAGAACUUGAGCAUUUUGCAAAAAUGUGAUCAUUGGCAUGCAGACGGGACUUUCCGAACCGUGCCUAAUAUAUUUCUUCAAUUGUACACUGUACAUGGAAUAUACAAGGGACUCACGUUUCCUCUUGUUUACGUUUCGUCUUCUAGUAAAACCACACAGUCCUAUCGUGCAACAUUGGAGCAAAUUAAAGCGUUGAAGCGAAAACUAAAUCCGAAGACUGUUAUGUGCGAUUUCGAGCUGAGUUUCAUCGAUGCUGUUAAAGAAGUUUUCACAAAUACUGACGUCCAGGGAUGUUUUUUUCACUUCUCUCAGUGCGUGUGGAGGCACGUGCAGAGCACCGGGUUGCAGCAAAAGUAUAAGACCAGUGCCGUAUUCGCAUUUGAAAUUCGUAAGCUCUGGCGUUCGUUCCGGUGAAAGACGUCGUUACUGCAUUUGAAAGACUUGUGCGAACGGAAUAUUUCGUGGAGAAUGAAGAUAGUUUAAAAUCGAUUGUGGAAUAUUUUAAGUUCACAUGGAU